GAGAAGUUUUGAACGAUGCCGGACGCGGAUUUGACACGGCGGCUUCUCCACGAAUGAGUUUUUACACAGUCCUGAGUAAAGAGGCGAAAAGACGCGAUGGCAUCCGUCUCGUUGGAAAACGUUGGCGACAGGGAACAAGAGGAUCCGAUUCGAUGCAUAUUCUUUGCCGAGUUUCAUCAUAUAGUGGGACCCAAAAUUACAUGCCAGGUGCCCGAUAAUUACAUAUCCAAGGACAUUUUCGACAAUGUCAGUGUUUACAUCAUACCGAAGGCACAGUUGCAAAGAAGUACCAUUACAAUCACACUGAAGGACUAUAAAAUCUUGGGCUUUCCCGUGAAGAUUGACGACAAGAAGUACGCAAGGAAUGCGUUUUACUUUAACUUGUGUUUCGUCUGUGAUGCAAACGCUCGCACUGUUCAUUAUGAGCCGGUGGUUAAGAAGAUGUCGGAUUUUCUGAUGGCUUUGGAAAUAGAAAAUUGCUUUCUAUCCGCCUCGGAUGACAAGACCAGAUUGGCAGAGAUGCUCGCACAGGUCAUGCGGGAUUUAAAUCUGCACAAAAUGUGUACAUUAACUGAAGGAACAAUGACGUCACACUUGAAAGUCGUGAGGUUGGCGCCUGAACCAAAACCAGUUCUCGAUCAUCAGGUACCAAUAUUUUUGGAAGAUCGCGAUUCGUUCCAGCACGAUCAGUGGGAUUUGACUACCCAACAAGUGUUGCCCUACAUCGACGGCUUUAAUCAUGUGGCGCGUAUAGCCGCUGAGGCCGAUGUGGAGAAUAAUUUGGUCAAAAGCUGUGUGCAAAACCUUGUAUAUUACGGAGUUGUAACUCUGAUCCCGAUAUUUCAAUACACUAACGUCUAUGCUGUGACUCCAAAAUUAAGAAAAUUACCGGACGAUGUAAAAUUGCAGGAAAGAUGUAUAGCAUACGCUUCUAAGCUACCUAGGCAACCUGCACAUUUCAGGGAUAUAUACCGUAUGUAUUCGAGUAUGACUUACGGCGUCAGUAUGAAAGACCUGUGUCAACGUCUCAAUCCACAAAACUUAAGAAUAAAUGAGAGGAAGCUCGUACAAUUUGGUUUGAUUGAGGGGCUUAUUAGAAGGGUGCACAAUUAUCCCAUGCUUCUUCCUGGCGCAGUUUGCAGUGAAGAAGCAAAAAACAAUCCAAUUUACAAGUAUUUCACAGGCACGUACUGCCUGGACGAAAUAUGCUGUAGCACGGGUCAGUCUGCUGCGCAAAUUGAAGAUAUCAUCGAACGCGAUCCAAACGUUCUAAUGAUACGGAAGUGAUGUGUCGCAAAAAAAGAGGUUUAUUGAAAGACUGCAAACCUAAGCGCCCUGUAAACGGGAAAAGAUUAAAAUAUAUUAAAAUUUUUUAAUUCGUGGAUUGAAAUGGAUUGGCCUUCGUGGAAAUGAAUACUUUUCUAUUUCAUAAUACGAAUAUAAUAUUUUUAAUAUACACAUUUGCGAAUGUUGAAAUUAAUUUUUUUAAAUCUCAUUCUCGUUUACUGGGAAAUUUUAUAUAAAUUUGUUCAUAUUUGUAAAAAAUGUAAGAAAAAUAUAUUAGGUACCGCGGAAAAUUUGUGUCGUUUUUUUCCUGAAAAUGAAACACAAAGAAUUUAUACAAAAGUGUUUAUUCAAUCUAUGAUGUUGGCCAUUUUGAACGAUGAUUUUCUGUCAUUUUUUUGAUAAUUUCAUAAUCCCGCUCGUGUAGAAGCCCCGGGAUUUCUGGGCAACAUCUCUUAAUUGGGAAAACGACACGACUUUCCGCGGUACCAAUAUAAUAUAUAAUGUACAUACAUACAAACGUGAUUACAAAGAACAAAAUUAAAUUAUUAAAAUAAAAAGUUCUAGUCGUAGUUAAAUGCUAGCUCCUUUUAUACAUAAAAAAGGAAAAAAUUUGAAAAAAUACGUAAUUUGUUAUUUUUAAAACUAAAUUUAAACCUUAUUG